CGCAAAUGUCCUACUUCAAUAGUAUAGUGGGGGAACGUUGAAGCUUAUUGUUACAUAGACAGGUGGAAAGUGAGUACCGUGAAAUUACAGUACGUUAUUAAUUUGCGGUCGUCCGUCAAAGAGACCGAUUCUCCUCGGGUACGAUUUACGCUUCAGCAAUUUAAUUCACAUUAUUCAUCCUAUGUCGAUCAAAUUUAGUGUCGUGUACAUACAAAUGUCUUCAUUUUAUACAUAUUUAUUAACUAAGCUUUGGUAAAUCGGUUCACGAAAAAGACCCAGAACACGAUAUGAUGAGCCGUUUGUGGAAAGCGUUGUCUCGGCGACGCGUAGAAGAGAAUGAAGAUACCAAGAGCGAACAAUUGGCACGAGUCCUCGGUUUAUUCGAUCUGACCGCACUCGGCGUGGGUGCGACUCUCGGCUUAGGCGUUUACGUCCUUGCUGGAAGCGUGGCUAAAGAAGCGGCUGGCCCUGCCGUUUCCAUCUCUUUCCUCAUAGCCGCUAUUGCGUCUGCUUUCGCGGGUAUGUGCUAUGCGGAAUUCGCGUCGAGAUUGCCGAAAGCCGGAUCAGCAUACGUUUAUAGUUACGUAACGGUAGGCGAGUUCAUCGCCUUCGUCAUAGGAUGGAACUUAAUUCUGGAAUAUGUAAUUGGUGAGAAAUGUACAGCGAGCGUCGCACGAGGUCUCAGCAAUUAUAUCGAUGCGUUGAUAGGAAACGUCAUGGGUAACGCUCUACGCUCUCUUAUGCCUAUCGACAUUUCUUUCCUGUCAGAGUAUCCUGAUUUUUUCGCUUUUGGGAUGGUCAUGUUACUAGUGGUGCUAUUGUGCAUCGGAGUGAAAGAAUCGUCCAUCUUAAACAACGUUUUCACCGUUAUAAAUUUGAUAACUAUUACGAUCGUCAUCGUUGCAGGGUCAAUAAAAGCGGAUCCAUCAAAUUGGUCGAUCGCACGCGAGGAUAUUCCAGACUCCGUGAAAAACGGAGGAGUCGGAGGAUUCAUGCCGUUUGGCAUAAGCGGAGUGAUGAUCGGAGCGGCCAAAUGCUUUUACGGAUUUGUGGGAUUCGACGCGGUCGCUACCACUGGCGAGGAAGCCAAGAAUCCUCAACGUCACAUUCCUAUUGCGAUUGUGUUAUCUCUUAUUGUUAUAUUUAUAGCGUACUUUGGUGUUUCAACAGUCCUGACGAUGAUGUUGCCUUAUUACGAUCAGAGCGCAGACGCGCCGUUUCCACACGCGUUUGACGAGAUUGGCUGGCCCAUCGUUAAAUGGAUCGUCAACAUAGGCGCGAUAUUCGCGCUCUGCACCAGCCUUUUGGGCGCUAUGUUUCCCUUACCGCGCGUAUUAUACGCUAUGGCUAGCGACGGCAUAAUAUUCAAAAUUCUCUCCAAGGUGCAUCCCAAGACAAUGACGCCUGUUUACGGCACGGUGCUUUCUGGUUUACUUAUUGGUCUUAUGACACUUAUCUUCAAUUUACACCAAUUGAUUGAUAUGAUGUCUAUCGGAACUUUACUUGCGUAUACGAUAGUAGCGAUAUGUGUCUUGAUAUUGAGAUAUCAAAAAGAAGAAAAUUCUAGCAGCAUUUCUGCAAUACCAACGAGUAAUUAUCAAUUUACACUUGGAAAUAUAUUUAAGGAAUUGUUCAAUUUGCAAAAUCAAAAAGAACCAACGGAGCUUUCUAGUAAAAUUGCAAAUGUCGGCAUUGCCUUACUCUGUAUCGUUAUAUGUAUCAUCACAUUUCUGAUUAGUAACAUGGGCGCGCACUUGCUCGCAGGAAAUAUGGUAAUAUCUGUGAUACUAGGUGUGCUCGUAAUUGUUCUUCUGUUGAAUUUAGUAGCGGUUGGUAGACAACCGGUGCAGAGGACCGACUUAUCUUUCAAGGUACCUCUUGUUCCGCUUAUUCCGUGUCUCAGUAUUUUUAUAAACAUAUAUUUAAUGUUCCAACUAGACGUUUUUACAUGGAUCAGAUUUGCCACUUGGUUGCUAAUUGGCUUCUGCAUUUAUGGAUUUUACGGAAUUGUCAAUAGUGAGCAAGGGAAAAGAGAUAAAGCAGAAAACGAAAAGUUACAAUGCAAAUACGUAGAGAAAUUUAGGAUAGUAACAUCAUUUUGAUAACAAUUUUUUUUUUACAAAUAAAAGAGAAAAGUUCUUCGUUUACACGUAAAUAUUCGUUUUACAAUCAGUACUCUCGUAACGUAAGAACAGCAAGAAUAAAACAACCAUUUUUGUAUCCCAUCGACUUCAUCUGCACUUCAUUCAAUAUACUUGUUUAAUUAAAUUUUUUUUCUAAUUUCUAAUUGAAAAGUAUUUUUUUUAAAUAAAUUUUAAUUUUAAUAAUACAUUAUACAUAUACGUAUGCGCAUGCGCGCGGCUUUAAUAUUAUAAAUCGACACACACGAGGAGACAAUUACAGUCACAAAUACAAUCUUUUAUUUCAGUUAUCUUUUUAAAUUCUGAAUUGAUCGAGUUCUUUUAAUUGAACAUUCUUUUACACUUUUUCGGUUAUAUUUAGUACAUUUGCACGUAUCAAUGUAUCGAUAAUUGCAACGACAAUGAUAUAAUAAUAUGUAGUAAUAGCGAGAAUAAUAAUAACGGUGUUGCAUAACAAAAGCAGAUUAUUUAUUGUGUGAUAUUUACUAAUAAAAUAAAAAUAGCCUGCACUCUUUACAUAAAAUACUUUAAACGUAUUCAAUGAUGUUUUUACUACAUUGGUAAUGUAUGUAUACGCAGUUAAUAAUUCUCCUACAGUCUUAUCAAAAUGUUUCACUAUAUACUUUUUAUCUCUACAAUUUAAAGAAAUAUUAGCUAUAUGUCAAAAAAAAAAUUAAUAACUAUUGUCAUAAGGAAAUUUUAUUAGUAACAUUGAGCGCGCAUUGGUUAUAAUGUUGUAUUUGUAAUAUGUAUUUAUAAUGAACUUUUGUGGUUCAUAAAAAUUAGCGAAAAUAGCUGUCAAGUAUCAUCCAAUAAAUAUUAUUACGCUCAUUGGAAUGUUUACACAAUCACAGAAAAGUACUUAAUAAUUUUAUUCUAUAUUUGUAAGCAUUUUGUGCUAGUCAUAGACGUUAUAUUUAUUCGUUUAUCUUAGACAUACUAGAAAAAUAACAAAACAUUCCCAUAAUAAUUUUAUUAUUUUAUCGUUUAUGUAAGUAUAUCUUGAAGCAAAUUGUAACUGAAAAAAUAAUUUAAAUAAUGUAUAUAUACUUUAUUUUAUAAACUA